CCACACUUCCCUCAUUGAGCUCAAAAUCUAAACCCCAAAUCUUUUCAUCCUUGACUAGUCAACCAGCCACGUAAGACCUAACAAGUCACAUUGCCAGUGAAAAAUCAAAUAUCGUUUCUUCAUUGUUCUUAUUUCAGGCGCCUUGCUCAUCUUCUUCCAUUAAAACCUCUGCAAAAACCUUCAAUACCUUCAUCAAUGGCGACUUUAACAACCUCAAAUCUUUCUCUCUCUUCCACCACAAUCUCAAAACCCCUUUUCCCCAAAACCCCAUUUACAACCCUCCUUUUUCUCUCCUCCCCAAAACCACUGGUCUCUCUCCUCUCUCUUUCCUCCAAAUCCACCAACAAACCCGCCACUCGUUUCGCCUCCAUCACUCGAUGCUCCGCAAUCCCACCUUGUACCCGACCCGAUUACAUACCGGGCAAAAUCUCCGACCCAAAUUACGUCAGAAUCUUCGAUACUACCCUUCGAGAUGGCGAGCAAUCUCCGGGAGCGUCAAUGACUCCAAAACAAAAAUUGGAGAUUGCUCGCCAGCUCGCCCGCCUCGGUGUUGAUAUAAUCGAGGCGGGGUUUCCAGCGGCCUCCAAUGCGGACUUGGAGGCCGUGAAAACAAUUGCCCUUGAAGUGGGCAAUGCUGUUGAUGAACAGGGGUAUGUGCCUGUCAUUUGCGGGCUUUCGCGGUGUAAUAAGGCUGAUAUCGAUGCUGCUUGGGCUGCAGUGAAGCAUGCGAAGCGGCCGAGGAUUCAUACAUUUAUAGCAACGAGUGAGAUACAUAUGGAGCAUAAAUUGAACAAGACUAGGGAAGAAGUGGUUGAAAUUGCUAGGAAUAUGGUUAGUUAUGCUAGGAGUUUAGGGUGUGAGGAUGUUGAAUUUAGCCCUGAGGAUGCUGGCAGAUCAGAUAGAGAGUUUCUUUAUCAGAUUUUAGGAGAAGUUAUUAAGGCUGGAGCAACCACUCUAAAUAUUCCUGAUACCGUGGGUUAUACAGUCCCUAGUGAGUUUGGGCAAUUGAUUGCUGAUAUAAAGGCUAAUACACCUGGGAUCGAGAAUGUGAUCAUCUCUACACAUUGUCAGAAUGAUCUUGGGCUUUCUAGUGCUAAUACAGUAGCUGGAGCGUGUGCAGGUGCAAGGCAAUUGGAGGUAACAAUAAACGGAAUUGGUGAAAGAGCUGGAAAUGCUUCACUAGAAGAGGUUGUCAUGACCAUUAAAUGUCGUGGGGAAUCAUUGGGCGGUCUUUACACCGGGAUUCAGACAGAACACAUUGUGAAGGCCAGCAAGUUGGUGGCUGAGUAUUCAGGACUGCUUGUACAGCCUCACAAGGCUAUAGUUGGAGCUAAUGCUUUUAAGCAUGAAAGUGGAAUUCAUCAGCAUGGAAUGCUAAAACACAAAGGCACUUAUGAAAUUAUGUCUCCAGAGGAUAUAGGGCUUCAGCGAGCUGAUGAAUCUGGUCUUGUUCUUGGAAAGCUUAGUGGACGUCAUGCAUUGCAAAAAAGGCUUGAGCAGAUGGGAUACUGUUUUGAAGGCAAGGAACUUGAUGAUGUCUUUUGGCGCUUUAAAUCAGUCGCCGAGAAGAAAAAGCAUGUCUUGGAUGAGGACAUUGAAGCCUUGGUAAUCGAUGAACUUUUCCAGCCGGAAUCAGUAUGGUCACUUGGGGAUCUCCAGGUUACAUGUGGAACUCUUGGACUUUCUACAGCAACUGUUAAGCUCAUUGAUGCUGAUGGGACGGAACAUGUUGCUUGUUCAGUUGGAACUGGACCAGUUGAUUCUGCAUAUAAGGCUGUUGAUUCAAUAGUCAAGGUACCUGUGACUCUACUUGAGUACUCACUGACAGGUGUGACAGAAGGUAUAGACGCAAUAGCUACCACCAGAGUAUUAAUACGUGGGGAUAAUGGUUUCACAACUACGCAAGCUACUACUGGGGAGCAAAUUCGCCGAACAUUCAGUGGGAGUGGAUCUGAAAUGGAUAUUGUUGUCUCAAGUGUCCGAGCUUAUGUUAGUGCACUAAAUAAGAUGCUAGCAUACAAGAAUAAACCUAAUCGAAAAGUCUCGGCGGAGAAUUCUCACGUUUCUGCUUCAGAUGCUGUCCCUGCUGGUAGUGCCUGAAGAGUUUAAGAUCUUGAUCUCACUUAGUUUCUGUACAAAUGUGGGAUGUGAGCCUUCUUUUUGUCUACGUUGCCAUGGAAUGUUGUCACCCAGUGAUUUUUACUGUGAAUAUUGAGUAUUUGUUCUGUGUUACUGAGAAGAAACCUCCUAGAAAGGUCCUUGACUCCUUGGGGACGGCAUAGGUCAUUCAUCUGUUUGCUCCUCAGUGUAAACUGUAAUCGUCCCUCCUACAGUCCGUUUCUAUUUUUGUAGACUGUAAUAUGUAACUCGAGAUUGCACUUAAGGUGGUUUUAUGCAGAGGAUUGUCAGAAUUUUGAAUUUCAUGCCUAAGAAUAAAAUUAAAUACUUUAUUGCUUUCUACUUUGU